UCCUGAGCUGCAGACCUCCUCAGGGAACAUGUGAGGCACAUCAGGACACCUUAGAGGACCAGCAGAUGUGGAUUCAUCUUUACAUGACUCCUGAGCUUUUUAAUCAACCUUUGCAUGAAGCCACAGAUCUGCUAUUUUGAUCAGAUCUGGUUCUGAUUUAGAUGGUUCUCAAGAUUUAGGAUCUAGAUUUUAACAUCCAUUUAAUGAAAUCUAGGACUAUGAUGGUGAGCCCAGUCCUGCUGCUGGUGGUGUUGUUGUUGGGACUCUGUCAAACCCACCCUGCCUCCACCCACUCCACGUCCCCGGCUUCAGGUGUGGUCCCCGUAGCCCAGGUGAGGAUGGUCUCCCUGGGACUGGCUCACCUGCUGCAGGGGGUGGAAGAGAACGCCAAGCGACUGGAGCAGCAAGGGGAGCAGGUGGAAGCAGAGCUAGACGGAGUGACUAAGAGUGUGGAGAGCCUUCGUAAGCAGAGUCUGCAGGCAGGACGGACACGCAGGCAGGCGAGGAAGGACCUGCAGAUACUGAGAGCCAGAGGGGACCGGCUGUGGAGGGCGCUCAAAGAUCUGCAGAAGGGUAUGGAGGAUCUGGAGACGGAGCAGGGAGUCAUGCAGCAAAGAAUGAGCCAGAUCCUGCAGAGAGUGAAGAGCCUGAGCGAGCCCAGGCCGGGGGGUCAGACUCAGCUGGACAUGGGGUCUGUGAAGGUUUUCAUGGAUAAACAGGCCCGGCAGCUCGCCAGUCUAACUUCUGCAGUUUCAGCCCAGGAGAGAAUGAUAGACAGGCGACAGAAACACAUUGAUCACCUGGAGAAACAGGUGUCAAAAAGCUCCCAGCAGCCCUGAGGGCAGAUUCUGACUGCGUCUGAUGAACACAGCUGUAUCAACACAGACGCUGGAAACCAACUCACAGGAGACCAAAUGAAAUGCCCGGAAACUCACAAAAGGUUGCGUCACAUGUAACGAGUGUAUGUUUCUAAUUUUGAUAAAUUAGGUUACUGUUUGUUCACAACACAAAGGGUUGUAGAGGAUGUGUUGUUGUUGGUGCUUUGUUAUGACACAUGCUGUCCUCUGUUUGAAAGUGGUUCAAAAAUAAAACGUUCCUGCUCUCAUGUCAUCGUGUUGUGGAUCUGACUUCCACAACAUUGUGGUUGAAGAUGGCGGUGAAACGUCACACGCCCAAAUAAACAGACGUACUCUGAAGUCGGAGAAACCUCCACACACUAAGGACACACACAGCAAGUUUCAGAAACAAGAAAGAAUCUGUGAUAUAAUCCAGUUCAGACUCAUCAGUGUUUGUUAGAUUCAAUAAUUCAACUUUAAUGGAAAGGACUGUCAGUGUAUUACUCUGUCUAAUUAUUAUAACCUCUAAUCAUAUCUGAACGGGUUAUCCUGGAGUCCAAGCAGACAUUUGUGCAACAGACAGACAAACAGAUGAGCUGUCACAGUUUAAAUAGUACUGAGAGUGUUCUGCUGGUACCCUUUAGUGCGCAGUCCAUGUUCAAAUCCAACCCAUGGGCUCCUUCCCCACAUGUCACCCUCAACUUUUUCUUUCUCUGAUUUCUAAAUCUAUCCACCGUCCUACCUCUAAAAUAAAGACAUAAAAGCCGAGAAAUAAACCUUUAAAAAAGUGAGAAUGUGUUUUGAUCUGUUGUAACAAUAAGCUGAGGUUUUUUUUGUGUGUGAGGAAAAAU